UUAGACUCUGAGCAAACUCACUAGGAGUGGACUCUAAAUAUCUUCGUACGCCGAGAAAGUCGGCUUGUAAUCGCAGUGGCAUUACGGGAUUGCGAAUUGGGAGGAGUUAGAAACAGGUAGAAGAAUCUUCAAAUCAAAUCCCAUAAACCAGGGAAAAAAAAAAACAAAAGAAAAGAAAAGUUUUCAGAUUUUUCCCGUGACACCAACCAAAAUUUACUUCUUCUUCAUCAUCACCAUCGCUUUUAUCACUAAUUCUAGGCCAGGCUUCCUUAGUUUACUCGUUCUUUCUGCCCACUUGCUUCUCCAGAUCGUGAAAAAGCACUUUUGAUCAGGAUCUUGGUCUUUUUUUUUCCAAAGUUUUGAUCUUUACACGCUCUGGUUUCUUUUUUAUUCUUCUUUUUCGUUUGAUCCCGUGGAAUCCCAGUUAUGUUCUGAUCUGUUGACUAGAAUCUCCAAAAGGCCAUCUUGGUAUCUAAUUUCUGGUUGGUUCAGCCAUGGAUUCUUACUGUGCGACUUUGAAGCCCAAUGGCCAACGCAUAAAACUCAACAGAGAAACUCUCAGGAAUCGAUCUUCUGUAUUCUGGGGUGAGAGUAUGAAGGCGAGCAGUCUAAAAGGCAGCAGAGAUUUGAAAAGCAUUAAUCUGCAAAAGAUUCUAAAGACUAAGCCCGGUGUGGCCUACUCCAUUCUCACAUCAGAUGUGGAAAAAGAGGCUUUGAAGUUUGAGUCACCAACGUUUGAGACUCCAAAAGCAGACCCCAAGAAUGUGGUUUCCAUUAUAUUGGGUGGAGGUGCUGGGACUCGUUUGUUUCCUCUUACCAGUAGAAGAGCUAAGCCAGCGGUUCCUAUUGGAGGAUGUUACAGGCUGAUUGAUAUUCCAAUGAGUAAUUGCAUCAACAGUGGCAUAAAGAAGAUAUUUAUUAUGACUCAGUUUAACUCCUUUUCCCUCAAUCGUCACCUUGCUCGGACGUACAAUUUUGGGGAAGGAGUUAAUUUUGGAGAUGGCUUUGUGGAGGUUUUGGCUGCCACUCAAACUCCGGGAGAAGCAGGGAAGAGAUGGUUCCAAGGAACGGCUGAUGCUGUGAGACAGUUUAUUUGGGUCUUUGAGGAUGCCAAGAACAAGAAUGUUGAGAAUAUUUUGAUUUUGUCUGGUGAUCAUCUUUACCGGAUGGACUACAUGGAUUUUGUGCAGAAACAUGUUGACACAAAUGCUGAUAUUUCUGUUUCAUGCCUGCCCAUGGAUGACGGUCGAGCAUCAGAUUUUGGACUGAUGAAAAUCGAUAGCACCGGACGUGUUAUUCAAUUUGCCGAAAAACCAAAGGGCCCUGAACUAAAAGCAAUGCAAGUUGAUACCUCUGUUCUUGGGCUUUCUCAACAUGAUGCCAAGAAAUUCCCUUACAUUGCAUCAAUGGGUGUUUAUGUCUUUAAAACUGAUGUACUGUUGAAGCUACUGAGAUGGAGCUAUCCUCAUUGCAAUGACUUUGGUUCCGAGAUUAUUCCUUCAGCCGUGAGAGAGCACAAUGUUCAAGCGUAUUUGUUCAAUGAUUACUGGGAGGACAUUGGAACCAUCAAGUCUUUUUUCGAUGCUAACUUGGCCCUGACCGAACAGCCCCCCAAGUUUGAAUUCUAUGAUCCAAAGACACCUUUCUACACAUCUCCCAGAUUCUUGCCUCCUACUAAAGUUGAAAAAUGCAGGAUUGUUGAUGCGAUAAUUUCCCAUGGUUGCUUCUUGCGGGAAUGUAGUGUUCAACACUCUAUCGUUGGUGUGCGGUCGCGUUUGGAGUAUGGUGUAGAACUUCAGGAUGCAAUGAUGAUGGGAGCUGACUACUACCAAACUGAAUCUGAAAUUGCAUCGCUGCUCGCAGAAGGAAAGGUUCCAAUUGGUGUCGGUCAAAAUACCAAAAUCAGGAAUUGCAUAAUUGACAAGAAUGCCAAGAUAGGAAGAGAUGUGGUUAUCACUAAUGCAGAUGGUGUUGAAGAGGCAGACAGAUCAAGUAAAGGAUUUCACAUUAGGUCCGGUAUCACAGUCAUACUGAAGAACGCAACCAUCAAAGAUGGAACAGUUAUUUAAAUCGCUCAAAUCUUCUUACGGGUACUUGUUCAGAUGGAUCAAACCUUGAGGAAAGAUGGUCCGCCGAUUUAACUUUUCGCACAAUAGAUCUCUCUCUCUCUCUCUCUCUCUCUCUCUCUCUCUCUCUCUUUUCCUGUCAAUUGAACG